AUGGCUGAGGUCGUCACAGAAUACUUCAACAAUGCAGGCUUUGAGAGAUGGCAGAAGAUAUACGGUGAGACAGAUGAUGUGAAUCCCGUGCAAAAAGAUAUCCGAGUGGGCCAUGCAGAGACCGUGGAUAAGAUCUUGAAGUGGCUGGACCCUGCCAUGGUCUCUGGCAAGAGCGUUUGUGAUGCUGGGUGCGGCACUGGAAAUCUCUCCAUCCCGUUGGCAAGCCGCGGAGCAGAUGUCCAUGGAAGCGACAUCAGCUCAGCCAUGGUCGGAGAGGCAGAAGUGAGAGCGAAGGAGACACUUCCAGCUGAACAGAUGCCAAAGUUCUCAACUUCAGAUCUUGAGGCAAUUAACGGCAAGUUCGACACGGUGUGCUGCGUGGAUGUUCUCAUUCACUACCCACCCGACAAAAUGUCUGGCAUGGUGCAGCACCUUGCAGGGCUCAGCAAAGAGAGACUGAUCCUGUCCUUUGCUCCGAAGACGUGGUACUACACUCUCCUGAAGAGGAUCGGAGAAUUAUUUCCAGGAAAGUCAAAAACCACUCGUGCCUAUCUUCAUGAUGAAGCCGAUGUUGAAGCUGCAUUGAAAGCAGCUGGUUACAAGGUCACACGCAAGGACAUGACCAGCACCAACUUCUACUUCUCGCGUUUAUUUGAGGCCCAACCGGUAGCCUGA